AUGUCAGCUAUCAACGACACCAAAUCCACUACUGCAGUUUUCCUUCUCACUGGGAUUGCAGGGCAUGAAGAUGUCCAUCUGUGGAUCUCUAUCCCCUUGUGCCUUAUUUAUGCCAUAUUGAUAAUGGGAAAUACAGGUAUUCUAUUCAUUAUAAAAACGGAUCCAAGCCUCCAUGAGCCCAUGUACAUUUUUCUUUCCAUGUUGGCAGUCAUAGACCUUGGCUUAUCCAUAACCACCAUGCCGACAACACUGGGCAUAUUCUUGUUUAACUCUAGGGAAGUCAGCCUUGAUGCCUGUUUUACCCAGUUGUUCUUCAUCCACUGUCUUUCGUACAUUGAAUCCUCUGUGCUCCUGUCAAUGGCCUUUGAUCGCUUCGUUGCAAUCCGUGACCCGCUCAGAUACGCUUCCAUCUUAACCCCUCCAAGGAUAUUCAAGAUGGGACUCGUAUGUGUGCUAAGAGGGGUGGCUUUAGCAUUCCCAUACCCCUUUCUCCUGAAACGCCACCGAUACUGUCGAGCCAAUGUCCUCUCCCAUUCCUACUGUAUGCACAAUGAGGUCAUGAAGCUGGCAUGUGCAGACGUCACAGUCAACAAUAUCUAUGGCUUGUUCAUCAUACUCUUCACAGUGGGGUUGGACUCUCUGCUCAUCCUCCUCUCAUAUCUGAUGAUUCUCAAAACAGUGCUGAGCAUUGCAUCCCAUGCAGGGUGCCUCAGGGCCCUGAACACCUGCGUCUCCCACCUCUGCGCCAUGGUACUCUUCUACAUACCGAUGGUCAGUCUGUCUCUGAUACACAGAUUUGGAAACAGCUCAUCUCACUGGCUUCAGAUUCUCUUUGGAUACAUCCACCUGCUGGUACCACCCCUGAUGAACCCAAUUGUGUACAGCGUGAAAAGCACACAACUACGUGUGAGGAUAAUCAGGGUGUUUGUCAAGUGA